CGAUGCUUCGGGUUCCUUCUCGAGAUGGAUCGCGGCCGGUGGAUCACUGGCCUGGCACUCUCAUGUUCGGAACACUUCACUUUUUGCGAUUGAACGAACUUUCAACAACUAAACUAAAUCACUGCACUGAAGGAGACUAUGAUUCACUGCACCGUUUUCAACUUAACACUGGCUGUUUCGAUAAGAUCUCUGAGGCUGACAUUCACCAUCCCGUCUCGUAUCUCGCGUAUAUCCCUGGUCGCGUCACGUCCUCUGGUCUGACAGAGACGCACUGGCAGCGCGGCACUCACUCGGCA